UUGAAUUUUUUAAAUUUAUUUACAAUUGCUCAAACUAUUAAACUGUAAUAAAACCUUAAAGUUUUAAUAUUAAUAAGGUUUGAAAAUCGGUUCGAUUUUAUAACUGUUUGUGUUUUUUACGAGAAAGAAUUUAAAAUGGGUGAAGAAAAAGAAUCUGCAGAGUCGAUGCUGGCAGAAAUUGAGAAGAAAAUAACCGACUCUUUUGAUAUUUUUGAUCAUGAGUCGAAUAAAACAGUUGAUGUAAGAGAGAUAGGAACCAUUGUGAGGUCAUUGGGCUGUUGUCCAUCGGAAGGUGAACUGCAUGACAUGUUGGCUGAAAUAGAGGAAGAAGAACCAACAGGUUACAUCAGGUUUGAUAAAUUUCUUCCAAUGAUGACGCAUAUACUGAUGGAACGAAGAUACAAACCAGCACCUGAGGACCAACUUCUCAAAGCAUUCGAGGUCCUUGAUACCGAGAGGAAAGGAUUUUUAUCUCAGGAGGAACUCACCAAGUACAUGGUGGAGGAGGGGGAACCUUUUACGCAAGAAGAACUCGAUGAAUUUCUAUCGGCAGCCGUGGAUCCUGACAGGGGCGUCGUCCUUUUUAAAGAUUAUGUUUCUGUGAUGGCAGUUGAAGAUUCAUAACCAAUCGCUCUCUUGUUUUUACUUCACAGAUAUCAUAUAUUUUCUCGUUUCAAUUGUUGCCCAGUUAUCAUUACUGUUACGUUAUAAUCUAGAUUUUAUUCUUGGAAAAACAAAAAAAAAUUAAAACGGGAUGACUAUUACAAGUGUACAUUUCAUGUUAAAGGGAACAAUUAAAACAUACAAAUUCAACA